CAAUGUGACAAUUUUGUGCACAAUACAUUAUCCACACAGACGAAACACAACACCAUGUGGUCUAUCUCGACUUGUGAGUGUCUGAUUUUUUGAUACCAAAGUUUCAUGUCUAGUAAGUAGAUAAGUGUUUUGAUGGAGUAGGAAAACUCAUACAGAACAGUCUGAGAAAAAUUAUUACGCGCAUAUGUAUGUUCUGAUACGAGCCCCUCUUCUGAGUUACCUUUUAAUGCUAAAUUGAUAGUGAUCCGACUAGAGAGGCUAUACAUCAGGGUCCGCCAACUUCUUGGACUGGUUCUUCUCAUUCCAGUUUUGCAGGCGGUGGAGUCAACAUUAAUUUCUUCUUUUGGCUUUAUUUUAGUCAUAAAAGACUUGUGAGAUAUUAGUGUAAAGGCCAUUGGCUAUAAGUUAAGGAAGUGAUUGUUGCAUUAGGUUCAAGUUAAGUGUCUUGUUUGUUAAUUUAGUGCCAUAAAUACAAAAUGAAUCAUUUGAAGAAAAUUCCAUUGCGCAUGGUCGCCAAGGCCCUUCAAGGCUCCCAACCCUUGCAAACUGCCAAGUAUUGUUCAGCUGGAGGUGCAGCCCGGCUUCCACUGACCUUCCUUACCGAAGAUGAACGCAUGAUGAAAGACACCGUCGCCAAGCUUGCCCAAGAAGAAGUUGCUCCACAUGUCAAGAAAAUGGAUGCAACCAGCAAAUUUGAACAAUCCGUAAUUGAUGCUAUGUUCCAAAAUGGUUUAAUGGGAUUGGAAGUUGACACUGAAAUGGGUGGCAGCGGAUGCAAUUUCUUAUCAACCAUGUUAGUUGUGGAAGAGUUAUCCAAGGUCGAUGCAGCUGUCGGAGCAUUGGUAGACAUCCACAAUACUCUUGUCGUUUCAUUCAUUAAGAAGGUAGCGAAUGAAGAACAGAAGAAAAAGUAUUUACCAAAAUUAGCACAGGAAUAUGCUGGAAGCUUCGCCUUGACUGAGCCUGGAGCUGGAUCAGAUGCUUUUGGUUUAAAGACUGUCGCCAAGAAAGACGGAAAAGAUUACGUCAUCAAUGGAACAAAGAUGUGGAUUUCAAAUUCCGAUAUUGCUGGCGUAUUCGUAGUAUUCGCUAAUGCUAAGCCAGAAGAUGGAUACCGAGGAAUCACAACAUUCUUCGUUGAUCGCGAUACUCCUGGAUUAACUGUUGCAAAACCAGAGGACAAGCUUGGAAUUCGUGCUUCAGGCACAUGCAUGGUCCACUUCGACAACGUACGCGUUCCAGAAGAGAAUCUCCUGGGAACAUUUGGUCAUGGAUAUAAAUAUGCCGCCGGAUUCUUGAACGAAGGUCGUAUCGGAAUUGGAGCUCAAAUGCUGGGAAUCGCUCAGGGUUGUCUAGAUGCCACUAUUCCAUAUCUCUUCGAACGUAAGCAAUUCGGCAAGGAUAUUUAUUCAUUCCAAUCCAUGCAACAUCAAGUGGCCACCGUUGCUACACAAAUUGAGGCUGCUCGCUUGCUGGUCUACAACGCAGCACGUAGGGUAGAAGCUGGCGUACCAUUCGUCAAAGAGGCUGCUAUGGCCAAGUAUUUUGCUUCCGAAGUUGCUCAGACUGCUACGAUUAAGUGCGUUGACUGGAUGGGAGGAGUUGGCUUCACAAAAGAGUUCCCUCAAGAGAAAUUCUACCGUGAUUGCAAGAUUGGAGCCAUCUAUGAAGGAACCACCAACAUGCAAUUGAGCACUAUUGCCAAGUGCAUUCGUAAAGAGUAUGAAUCUUAAGCGGGCGCAACUGGCAACUGGGAUUUAAUUAGGAAAAGGAUCGUCGAGUGAUAUCAGGCAUAUCAGAGUUAAAUGUAUGUUCGUGGUAUAUUGUAUGAAUACUUUGUAUUAUAAUUUUAUAUGUAUAGGUAAAAUGAAACCUCAGUCAAAAGUAGAGGAGUCCAAUAUUGCAUUUACUAGCACAACUGGCUAAAUAGGGGCCUCUUGUGGAAACAUUGUAAGUCAAGACACAGUCCCUUUAGGGGACGUAUUGUAAUUGACUUAUGUAGAUUGUAAAUGAUUAGAAUUUAAGAUUGAAAAUACUUCAGUUUUUUACGAUGUGACAAUAAAACAACUGCAACUGUA